CGGGGCGAGAGCGCGGACGGGCGCGGGGGCGCGCGGCGGGCGGGCGCGGGGCCCGGGCUCGAUCCCCGGCGGCCCUCUGCUCCGCGGCAUGCCGGUCGCUGCGCUCUGUCGGUGAGCUGGACAGAGCCUGACCCUGGCGGGCCCUUGCUGGCCUGAAGUCGUCUCUGGUUCAAAAGCGGCUUCCUCGAAGAGGAGGAGGCCUUUCCGGCCUUAAAACAUGCUGUGUUCCUUUCUUUGUUCCUGCCGGUGGUGCCGGUCCGAGACCGCUCUGCUGGCGGGGGGUUUCUGUGGGUCGAGCACGUGAAUGAGGAUGUGUACUUCUGUCUUAUAAAUGUGAAAUGUGUGAUGAGUUUCCAGCAUUUUAAUAAGCAGAUUAAAAUGAGCAUUAUUCAUGAUGCAUGACAGGACAGGAUAGUCUCAUUUGGUGCCUUUUAGUCAGCAAAUGUAUGGACGCUUUUUAAUGCAUCUUUUUCAUAUUACUUUUAAAAAAUUGAGAAAUGUUGCUGUAAGGCGUUACAGUAUAUCAGUACUGUCUUUCCUUAAAAUAUUUUGUUCCAAGUGAAGAAUUUAAACUUACCCGGAGAGUUUUCUCAUCUGGCUCCUGAUAACUUGUCUUUCUCUUGCUUUUAUUCCUAGUGUGUCCUGGAGAUAACAGUUCUGUAUAGAGGACUGUCUUUCACCUGUACCCUGAAUGUAAACAGAACAGUGGACGCCUUUGCUGACUUGCAGAGGUUGUGGUCACAGGCUCUGAGGCCAACUGCAUAGGUCCAGGCCCCAGCUCUGACCCUUCCUGGCAUUGUGAGUUUGAGGAAGCGUGGAACUGUAGGAUGAAAAUGCAAGUUGUCCCUUCCACAGAUACAUUGAGAGCUGCUGUGGCAGAGAGAGGUGCAGUGUUGCACAGGAAAUUGCCUCGGUGAAGCCGGUGAAGUUAAAGGAGUCAAAUUCUACAAUCCUGGGUCCCCACCAUUAAGCCUGCUCAUGUGAGCUAAGAGAGGAGUUCCUGGAGCCAGAAAUCACUCACAGUGUAGAAGUCCUAGCCAAGAACUCACCCCAGAGUUUUGGGGCAGAGGCAGAAGAGACCAGAAUAGAACAGAUCUCACACUUGUGAAUCCUCUUCCACAGGCAACAGAAAAUGACCACAGUACAGGAAUCGUUCUCCUUUGAAGAUUUGUCUGUGGCCUUCACCCAAAAGGAAUGGCUAUUGCUGGGUCCCCAUCAGAAGGACUUGUACAAGGACGUCAUGCUGGAGAACUACAGCAUCCUAGUGUCACUGGGCUAUGAAGUUGUGAAACCAGAUGUCAUCUUCAAGUUGGAGCAGGGCGAAGAGCCGUGGGUGGUAGAUGGAGACACUGCACAUCCAGACUCUCCAGAAGUCUGGCAAGUAGGUGGUCACAUGAUGUGGCACCAGGAUGACCAAGACAAGCUUAAAAAUGUGAAAAGAGGUCAUGAAUGGGAUGCAUUUGGAAAACAUUUCAAUCCAAGCAUGAACUUUGUUCCUUUAAGUAAAUCAAACAAUGGAAGUGACUUAGAUGGAUUGAUUUUAAGACAUCAUUUAGAUUUGCUUAUUCCAAAAGCAGAUUAUGGAAGAAUGGAAUCAGAUGACUUUCACGUAUUUGAUAAAUUGUUUCUCAACACUGAACCUGAGGAAGCUGAUUCUUGGUUGAAAUACUAUGAAUGUGAUAAAUGUGGUAAUGAUAGCUUUAAAAAGUCGCAGAUUGUCAUUUUCCAUAGAACUCGUUUAGGGGAGAAACUCUAUGAAUGCAGUGAAUGUAGGAGACGCUUCAGUAAAAAAUCCAGCCUCAUUAAACAUCAGAGCAGACACGUAAGAGAGACUGCCUACGGCUGUGCUGACUGCGGCAAGACCUCUCCCCAGAAGGCACAGUUUGCCACACAUCACAGAACCAGUACAGGAGAAAAACCUUACGGCUGCGGCCAGUGUGGGAAAGCCUUCUCCCAGAAGUCUCAGCUCACGUCCCACCAGAGGACACACACAGGAGAGAAGCCCUACGAGUGUGGCAAGUGCGGGAAAGCGUUCUCCCGGAAGUCGCACCUCAUCUCUCACUGGAGGACACACACGGGAGAGAAGCCCUAUGGGUGCAGUGAGUGUGGGCGGGCCUUCAGCGAAAAGUCGAACCUCAUCAACCACCAGAGGAUCCAUACGGGAGAGAAGCCCUUCGGAUGCAGGGAAUGUGGGAGAGCCUUCAGCAGGAAGUCGCAGCUGGUCACCCAUCACAGGACUCACACGGGAACCAAGCCCUACGGGUGUGCUGAUUGCAGGAAGGCGUUCUUUGAGAAAUCAGAACUCAUCAGACAUCAGACUGUGCACACUGGAGAGAAACCCUAUGAAUGCAGUGAAUGUAGGAAAGCCUUUCGAGAGAGGUCAAGCCUCAUUAACCAUCAGAGAACCCAUACUGGAGAGAAGCCACAUGGAUGCAUCCAGUGUGGGAAAGCCUUCUCCCAGAAGUCACACCUCAUGUCACACCAGAUGACACACACAGGGGAGAAACCUUUUGCAUGCAGUAAAUGUGGGAAAGCCUUCAGCAGGAAAUCCCAGCUCGUUAGGCACCAGAGGACUCAUACUGGAGAAAAGCCCUAUGAGUGCAGUGAAUGUGGGAAAGCCUUCAGUGAAAAGUUAAGUCUCACCAAUCAUCAGAGAAUUCAUACUGGAGAAAAGCCGUACGUGUGCAGCGACUGUGGGAAAGCCUUUUGUCAGAAGUCCCAUCUCAUUUCACAUCAGAGGACACACACAGGAGAGAAGCCCUACGAGUGCACAGAAUGUGGGAAAGCCUUCGGUGAGAAGUCCAGUCUUGCAACUCACCAGAGAACUCACACGGGAGAGAAGCCCUACGAGUGCAGAGACUGCGAAAAGGCCUUCUCCCAGAAGUCCCAGCUGAACACGCACCAGCGAACUCACACAGGAGAGAAGCCCUAUGCGUGCAGUCUCUGUACAAGAGCGUUCUUUGAGAAAUCCGAGCUAAUCAGACAUCAGAGAACUCACACAGGAGAGAAGCCUUACGAAUGCAGCGACUGUGGAAAAGCCUUCAGGGAGAAGUCCAGUCUCAUUAACCACCAGAGAAUACACACAGGAGAGAAGCCCUUCGAGUGCAGGGAAUGUGGCAAAGCCUUCUCUCGGAAGUCACACCUCGUCCCACAUCAGAGGACACACACGGGUGAGAAGCCCUACGGAUGCACUGAAUGUAGGAAAGCCUUCUCUCAGAAGUCACAGCUUGUUAAUCAUCAGCGAAUCCACACGGGAGAGAAGCCUUACCAGUGCAGUCAGUGUGGGAAGGCCUUCCCACAGAAGUCCCAGCUCAUUAAUCAUCAGAGAACUCACACAGUGAGGAUGACCUAGGUGUGCCCCUGCCCCACUGUGACUUUUUUACAGAUCUCACCUCAUUGCACUUCAGAAAAUGCAGUUAUGGUGAUUUUUCAGAUGACAGGCACAUCACAUUAUGCAUCAGAGUGUUCCUUCAGAUCAGAACUCUGUAAACGAAGCCACGUAGGGAAAGGCCUCAGCAGGAGGCAGGCGAGCGUGCUUGCACACCAGCCUUCAUGGAGCAGAAUGCACCUACGAAUGCAGUGAGUCCCGAACAGUGGUCAAGCCUUGUGCAGUGGAAAAUCCCAGCCAGGGAAAUCCCAUGAUAUCAGAAAGCCUUCCAGAGGUCAGAUCUCAUCAGCUGUUGAACAGUCCACUGGGGAUGAGUGAUGACUCCCAGAGUACAGCAAGCGAGGCGGCACUUUUAUGGAGGAACAAGAGCUUGUUGUGCAUGAGAAUAUGCCCCCAGGAGUGGAUUUCUGUGACAUCACUGUCUAUGGGACACGCACCCACACAGUGUGUACUUUAGAGAGUCCGUGUUGUAGAUAAGCCCAAGAAUGACCUUGGAAACGUGCGCCCUUGGAGUAAUGCUGUUAUGAAACCUCACACUUAACGACAUGGGAAUGAACAGUCCCAGUUCUAAGUGGAUGACAGGUGUUUCCUCUGAAGUAGGAAGUUUUAAAAAUAUGUGAAUAAAUUGAAUCAUUGAAACAUCUGAACAGUAGGUUUCUUAGUGGUGUUUAUGACUCAUUGUCCUCUGUCAUGUGACACUUUGUAGUUGGGCAUUGCAGGUAGUCGUUUUAUGUAAUUGGAAGCAUGAAGCAUACAUAGCUUAUAGUGCCUCUAAUGUGUGUCAAGACACUACAUAUCCCUGGCUUUUUUUUCUGAAUACUGUGAAAAGGAUAACUGAUUUAACAUGGCUUUUUGCUAGAAUCAAUAGAUUAGGCAAUAAUAAUACUUUUUUUUUUUUACUGUUUGUUGGCAUCUACAGGGAUCUGUUGUUAAUAUUGACCUUCCUCUUCAGUAACAAGUGGAUAUUUCAUUAGUCUCCAGUGCCCUCAUUAUCAUAUGAAAUCCCGUCAGUGCACAUGCAGAGGCAGCAACCAAGAGUAGCAAUAGUGAUACAAGAUACUGAAGAAAGGGUGGUGAGCUGUAGUCCUAGGCACGCAGACUCCUGAAGGAAGGCUGUGCCUCAGGCUCUGCCCGUGCUAGUGGGAUGCCACCCUUCUUCCUGCUUAGUGCUGCAAAACCCAGGCUCAGCUUGCCUUCAGCCUGCUGUGAGGAAACAUGGCUGCUCUGCCGCGGCUGUGCUUGGUGUUUCACAGGACACCUCGUAAGGUGCUUGGCUGGGGCUGUCCCUCAUGGUGGAGCGCUUGCCUACUGGGUUCGACCCUCAGCACCACAUACAGUAAAUGCAUAAAAAAUGCCAUGUCCAUUUACAGCUAAAGAAGUAUUUUUAAAAAAUUAGUUGGAAAAUCAAUUAUUUAAGUCAGAGUUGAGAAGAUGUAAAAUACAAAGAAUUUUGUGGUGAAAUAUUCUGUAACGUUCAGGGAAGCCGCCUUUGCCUUCCUGCAUGUUUCUGUGACUACUGGAAAAGUAUCAGGAAACAGGAUUUCUGUGGCUUCUGCAUCUGCCAUACUUGUGUUUCUCCUUCUUUCACCAGCGCUGAUAUUUCUGUGGGAACUUCCUGUGGGAAUUUGGCAUCCCUUAGCUAAAUUGGAAUUUGUAGUGCAUUCUCUUUGUAAUGUUCAAAAAAGUCUGAACAUGGAGCUUGAUUCCAAACUUGGGAAAUUCAAGACUUCUCUUACACAGAAAUUGUUUUAUCAGUAUAGUUUAUGUGCUUUCAAUUCUAAUCAUAUUUUUUUUUAAUUACCAAUUUUGCAAUGUGGUUGGGAAGUUAAGACAUUAGAUAAAUGAGAGUAAAUUUCUAAACCAACAUAACAGAAUUUCAACAUCCAAAUAGUCCCCACUCUUUUCUCAUAGUAAUUUUUUGUUUGUUUGUUUUUUGGUGAUGCUGGGGAUUGAAACACAAGGCCUUUGGCAUGCGAGGCAGAUGUUCUUUCAUUCAGCUAUACUGACCUCAGUCCCUCUCAUAUAUGUGUG